GAGGCGGCGCUUGGCGGGGAGCAGCGGCGUCCGAGGCGGCCCGAGCGGGCUGGCUGCGCUGCCUGUGAGCGGUGCGUGCGGUGUGUGGCGAGAGCGGCUGCGAGGGAGGCAGGGCAGCGGCAGGAGGCAGGAGCUUGGCGAGCUGUGGCGGCAGAGAAUGGCGGUGAGGCGGCGGCAGAGGCUCGGGCCGGGCGGCGGGCGAGCGCUGCUGGGCGCGGUGCUGCUGUGCGUGUGGUGGCGGGCGGCGGCCGAGCGGGUCCGCUACGCCAUCCCCGAGGAGCUGGGCAGAGGCUCGCUCGUGGGGCCGCUGGCGCGGGACCUGGGGCUCAGCGCGGACGAGCUGCCGGCGCGCAAGCUGCAGGUGGCGUCUGCCGGCAAGAAGCAGCUGAAAUACUUCAGUGUGAAUGAGGAGAACGGGAACCUGUACGUAAACGAGAGGCUGGACCGGGAGGAGAUGUGCGGCGCGUCUGCGACUUGUUCCGUCAGCUUCGAGGUGCUGGUUCACAACCCGCUGAACGUUUUCCAUGUCGAGGUGGCGGUCGAGGACGUGAAUGAUAAUGCGCCGCGUUUUCGGCGAGACAAAUUUCAGAUGGAAAUCAACGAGUUCACUUCUCCUGGUGCCCGUUUUGCUGUGGGCAUGGCUGACGACGCGGAUGUGGGCAGUAACUCGCUGCAAGGCUAUGAGCUGGAGAGUAACAAGUAUUUUGCGGUGGAAGUGAAGGACACUCAGGAAGGCAGCAAAUUCGCAGAACUGGUCUUGCGCCACACACUGGACCGAGAGAGUGAGCCGAGCCUCCAGCUGGUGUUGAGGGCGCUGGAUGGCGGAGACCCUCCCCUUUCUGGUACUGCCCAGCUCUGGAUCAACGUCACCGACGCCAAUGACAACCCACCCGUGUUCGCGCAGGACCGGUACCGCGUCAGCCUGCGCGAGGACGCUGCCCCUGGAUCGACGGUGCUGAACGUCUCUGCCUCCGAUGCUGAUGCCGGCACGAACGCCCGCAUCACCUACGGCUUCGGAGAAACGCCGGCCAAGGUGCUUCAGAAAUUCAUUAUGGAUGCGGAGACUGGGACGAUAACUCUGAAAGAGCCACUGGAUUUCGAGGAGACUCGAGGUUACACGCUGUUGGUGAAUGCACGGGAUGGAGGCGGUCUAGUGUCGCACUGUGAAGUGGAGGUGGAGGUGCUGGACGUGAACGACAACCCACCAGAUAUCACGGUACUGUCCUUGUCGAAUCCAGUGCCCGAGGACGCACCGGUGGGUACCGUGGUCGCCCUGCUAAAGGUGAACGACCCGGACUCCGGCGAGAACGGUCAGGUGUCGUGCGAGCUGUCGGGCGAGGCGCCGCUGUCGAUCGUGGCGUCGCCGGGCGGCUCGUACAAGGUGGUGACGGCGAGCGCGCUGGACCGCGAGCAGGCGUCCGAGCAGCGCGUGACGGUGGUGGCCCGGGACCGGGGCAGGCCGGCGCUGUGGAGCAGCACGGAGCUGGUGCUGGAGGUGUCGGACGUGAACGACAACGCGCCGGUGUUCGAGGAGGCGGCGUACAGCGCGUACGUGGCGGAGAACAACGCGGCGGGCGCGCUGGUGCUGCGCGUGCAGGCGCGGGACGCGGACGCGGGCGCCAACGGGCGCGUGAGCUACUGGCUGGCGGGCGGCAGCGCGGGCGCGGCGGGCGCGGCGCCGCUCGUGUCGGUGGAGGCGCGGAGCGGCGCGCUGUACGCGCAGCGCUCCUUGGACUACGAGCAGUGCCGCGAGUUCUGGGUGGCGGUGCGGGCGCAGGACGGCGGCGCGCCGGCGCGCAGCUCCACGGCCACGGUGCGCGUGUUCGUGCUGGACCGCAACGACAACGCGCCGCGGGUGCUGUGGCCGGCGGCGGCGGCGGCGGCGGCGGGAGAGGCUCCGGCAGCGGCGCCGUUCGAGGUGGUGCCGCGCUCGGCCGAGGCCGGCUACCUGGUGGCCAAGGUGGUGGCGGUGGACGCGGACGCGGGGCGCAACGCGUGGCUGUCGUACGAGCUGGUGCAGGCGUCGGAGCCGGCGCUGUUCCGCGUGGGGCUGCACAGCGGCGAGGUGCGCACGGCGCGCGCCGUGUCCGAGCGGGACGCGGCCAAGCAGCGAGUGGUGGCCGUGGUGAAGGACCACGGGCAGCCGGCGCUGUCGGCCACGGCCACGCUGCACGUGGUGCUGGCCGAGAGCUUGCAGGAGGCGCUGCCGGAGCUGAGCGAGCGGCCGGCGGGCGCCGAGGCGGCGGCGGCGGCGGCGGCCGAGCUGCAGUUCUACCUGGUGCUGGCGCUGGCGCUGCUGUCGGCGCUCUUGGUGCUGAGCGUGGCGCUGGCCGUGGUGGCGCGGCUGCGCCGGGCCGGGCCGCCCGCCGUGCUGCGCUGCCUGGGCGCGCAGCGCUUCUCGCUGGCCGGCGCCGCCUUCCCGGCCGACUUCUGCGAGGGCACCUUGCCCUACUCCUACAACCUGUGCGUGGCGGCGCCGGCCCGCGCCGUGCCCGAGGCCGCUUGGCCGCCGCCGCCGCCGGUGCCCGUGCUGUCGGCGGAGGAGCUUCUGAGUGGGGAUUCGUGCGAAAAACCGAACCCGAACAGCAGCGCUAUAGAGGGAGAGGUGCCUGCCAAUCCCGACGCACCGCAGGUCUGUAAAUCUGCGUGUUUCCUUUGUUGUUCUUGAGGUGUUUCGAAACGUUGUCCUUUUUUCCUCUUCUUUUCCCCGGAUUAUAUGAUGAGGUGUGGUGUUAUGUUUCUGCGUGAAAUUUGGGUCACUCUUUCAUCUAGUUGUACGUAUUUCAUGGUGGCAGUUUUUUGUUAUUUUUUGGUGGUAUCAGUUCCAUAUUCAAAUGAAAAUUGCUGUCUAGAGCUUUUUCGUGGCAUUAAGUUGUAUUAGUAGUCAUGGUGAAGGUGAAUCCUUACUCCGUAGAGGUAGAUGCACUGUAUAUCUUUGACAGAUUUUGGAAAAACAAAAUUGACUCUUGGUGGUUUUUCUUUCCUCACUGAUUAUUUUUAAAUAUAAUAUUCUUUUGGGUGCUGGUGCAUGGCAGGACACAAACACUUGUGUU